AUGGCCACUCCAAUGAGCCACCAAAAGCUGGCAGAGCGAUUGUUCAUUUUGAACGAUCGACAACUGGGGGUGCUAACACGACUCCAUCAUAUGAAACAACUUCUAUCUUCUCCGGACUAUCGCCCUACCGUUAUGCCUGGCGGUGACAAGGUAUUCGAACCGGCUUGGAAAGCUUUGCUCAAAAAGUUUCCCUCUAUUGAAUUUCGCAGUGGACAGUCUAGUAUACAACCGUUUAUUACCCAUCAAAAACAACUGUUUGGAGUUAUGUCUACAUACUAUUACAACCUUGCUGAUGUUUUGGAAGUGCGUGAUAACUUCAGUGAUCUGUUGGGCCGGUUUAGCGCAUCUCAGAUUCAGUUGGAUAUCACAGUGAAUUCAGAUAUUACGCGAUUAUAUUUAGAGCUAGUGAGCAAUUAUUUUGCCAUGAUGUUUUUUCUGACACGCAUCCCGGAUGUGAAAGCCAUUCUUGCGUUGUUCAACUUUCUCUACGACCAACUGAAUGGAAAACCCGAGCCCAAUUAUCCUCGUAUGGCGGAGCUUUUCACCGAAACACCCGAUGCAAUGCUGAAAACACUCCAUGCAGAGAUAAACCCUCACGCAAAAACCAUUUCUCGCGCUUUAAGCUCACUGAGUGAUUUCUUUGUUCGACGAACGGUACGAGCCCAAAAUUGGAGUGAUGGACAUUUUUUGAACAUUCUGAAUGAGCCCAGUAAAAUCGCACAUACCGUACUCGGUGAUCAACUAGCCUGUGAACUCAUCCCAUACGAAAUGAUGGAGCGUUGGGUGGUUUUUGGUUAUUUACUCAUCUACCCAGAGCUGAGCGAUGAAGAUGCUUUUAAUCGACUCAAAACUGCGCUGAAGCAUACUUAUGUCGUUGUACUUUUCCGUGAUGAAGUGGUCUAUAUCCACGCAUUGCUCCAGUCCUUCUUGGAAUCUGUGUGGACGAAUAAGGUGGGAACCAAACGAAUCAACGAAAUCAGAGAAACCUUGUCCAUUGCAUGUUCACAGACACUUGAAGUUCAUGCGGAUCGGCGUACCUACCUUCGUUCUGCAUUACGCCAGCUUCAUCUCAUUCUAGCCGACGAGCCCGGUCUUCUAGGCCCAAAGGCAUUCCUUGUAUUUUGGGGGUUGUCUUAUGCAACAGACGAAGUUCAUUGGUUGCUUAGGCAUCUAUCCAACCCGCCAGUCAAAAAAUCCGGUGCAGGUUCCUCUAGAUCCCACCAGAAUCCUACAGAAGAGUUUGGUGAUCCGUUUCUUCCGGAGUUGCUGUUUUACAUGGAAGAAUUGCGACUACUAAUCGUUCGUUACACGCCAGUAAUUCAGCGGUUCUAUGUGCAACUACUGGCUUGUUACGAUGCUCCCGGACUAAGUGAAUAUGUGGGUGAAAUUUUACCGCGUCUCCCCGGUGACGAAGCUAUCAUUCUAUCUAGCAUUUCAAAACAACUUUUAGAUCUCUCUGAAGAACAAGUUCUACAAGAUACCACUCAAAACUCAUGUGAACAAUUUGCCAUGUUUGAUUUUUCUGGAAUCCGUUUGGAUUGGUUACGUCUGCAAACUAGCAUGUCGUGUAAAACAUCACCAAUAAUGCUAGCUGAUCAUCGUCGUUUAGUGGAACAUUUGCAUUCUACAAUAUUUCAUACAAAACUGGUGGAUUAUUUGGACGAGUUACUCCGUCUUGUCUCGGACAUGUCCAUAUUCACUUUCUAUCCAACGCAAUUUGCCGAUCUGUUUGCGCACUGUCUCAUGUGUCCUGCCCAGUUGCGCUUUACCAUAGUGUUUCCCAGUAUUUGUUGCCAUGCCAUUCAGGCGUGCCAUGAUCUUUGCCCAGAAGAACGUGCAUUUCUCGGUCGUUCCUCUAUUCGAAUUGCUCAUCAUUUCUGCCAAAAAAUAGCCGAUCGCGUCUGUGCAGACUUUCUGACUCGUGUGGACGAGUUUGGAAAUUUAGCUGAUCAAUUGGCUCCGCAAACCGCAGUCCCCUGGUUAUCCGAGGAACGACCAGCUAAGAGAAAGGGUAAGAAAACAAGUUCCGCUUCCCGGCCAAUUAUGAACGGGACCGGGUCAACCGAGGUGACAAAAACCAAAUCGUUACCGGGGUCUGGGAAAACUGGUGCUGCACACGGGAACGACACGCGAUUUGUCCCCGGAAUGGAAAGUUUUCGACGAAAUCGGGAGGAACAAACCAUCAAUGAUCGUACCUUAUUUAGUCUGAGCCAGCUGUGUCAAGCGGUGAAUCAUUAUCGUGAACUUAUCAUUUAUGAUCAGGUGAUCAACCCACGCGAAGUGCUUCAAAACGAAAUCCAAGCUCGAUUGAUUGAAGUGCUAGCCAGCUAUUCGGAAUGCACGUAA